AUGGGCGGAACACGAAACCCAAACUUCUCCGAGGCCGAAAUCCAAAUACUAGUAUUAUUAGACGAAGUUGAGAAUAAUAGGACCGUGAUUUUUUCAAAAUUGUCUUUUACCGUCACCAACAACCAGAAAAGAAGAGUUUGGGAAAAUAUGUGUUAAAGUAAACUCUGGGUUUACCACUCUCUGAACACAAGGCGCCAUGUCAGGACCGUGGAAGAGGUUAGAAAGAAAUUAUCAGCAUAUACAAGCGAAACAAAAAAGAAAAUCGUUGACAGCAGGAGAGAGGCUACAAGGACAGGGGGAGGGGUGAACCCCCCAUCAGAGCUGACGCCCCUCCAGGAAAAAGUUUCGGGGAUUUUGGGGAACACUCCCAUUGACGGGAUAGAAGGUGGCCUAGAAGUCUGCGGGGAUACAUCCUCAUCCUCUUUGUCGUCUUCAUUGUCCUCGUGCAGAGAUGAAGACAAUACAGAUCAUCCCGAGAUGGCUGAAACUUCUUCCCCCUUAGCACUCGAAACUCCGAGUCGACCAAUGAAGAGGCUACGACUUACGGAAAAAGAAGGUUAUGAAGAAAGUCUACUGAAGAUCGAAGGACAGAAACUGGAGGUACAAAGAGAAAUACUACGCAUUGAAACUGAGAGACUGGACGUUGAGAGACAACGACUUGCUAUUGAGCAGCAGUGUCUCUUAAUCGAACAACAGAGGCACACAGUGUACUUGGCGCAGAGAGGAGUUACCUUUGAAGUGACUGAAAAUUGA